CAAACUUUUAGGCUAAGGCAACCUGGAUUCUUGAUAACAUCAGCUGUCAUGAACAACGAUAGUCUGAGAAUUGCGAAGGGGUCAGUGGUGUGCGCAGAGGCGGAUUUGAGAGGUGACGUGACUAUAGGUAACAGCACUAUCAUUCACCCUAAAGUCAGGAUAUUUGCUUACGGUGGUCCCAUUGUUAUCGGGGAGGGUUGCUUGAUUGAGGAACAGACCGUGAUUAUCAACAGAGGUGAUAUGUCUGACGAGGACCUGGCUAAGUUCCUGAAGGAGACAGAAACACGACCUCCCCAAACUCGGGGAGGUAGGAAUGCUCCUCUUCGUUCCCUCCAGGUUCAAACAAACUACGUAUGUGGUAAACAGGAGGGCGAGACUCUGUGCAUUGGGAGUUACAACGUGUUCGAAGUGGGCACCCAUGUCGAGUCGUUGAAGAUAGGCAGCAAUAAUGUCUUUGAGAGCAAAUGCAAGUUAGGAAGAGACAUGACGGUUGGUGACGGCUGUGUUGUGUCCGUUUUCUGCGUGUUAGAUAAAGAGGAUCACCUUGAUAACAUGACUGUGGUGUACGGGCCCGGCAACCAACGCAGAAAGCAGCAAGAUAAACCAAUGCCUCAAACACAACAGUUGGAGUUUCUGGCUAAAGUCUUGCCUAAUUUCCACAAUCUCAAGAAAUCGAAUGUCCAGAACGUAUCGAAUACCCAGAACCUAUCGGCAAGAAAUGAGAGUGCAGACUGAGUUCCCUGAAUUAGAUCAAGCAGAGUAAUUAAUUAUGAAUAAGUAAUUAAUUAAUUAAUUAUGCCGAGUGUGGCCACGCUGGUUUAAGACUUGACUUAAUGUAAUAAUAUUGCAGCUGUUGUUUAAUUUUGUAACAUUACUCAAAUUACAAAUAACAUAAUAUGUUACUUUAGAUAUGGGAUGAUAUGUAUUUCUGGCUUCGUUCGGAAACAUUUUGAUAACGAGUUUCAUAUUGUGUUUGGUACUCUUGUAGGCUUGUAGAAUCUAGAAUUAAGAUAUGAGAAUUCGUUAAAACAACUUUCAAGUUAUAUUUUUAAUCGUUUUUUCUGAUCAGAUUCUGCCAGUUUCAGUAGACAUCUUCCGUGGUACAUCUUAUUUGAACUUUUAAGUUCUACGAGAAAUAACUUGAGCAAUGCAAAUGAUACAUAACUGAAGUGUUCAUGGUUUUAUUAUUUUGCUUGACGUAGUUGGUUUUGAUUACCACUCUAUAUUAUAAUAUUCACUGUUACUGCUUCCAAUGAUUUAGAUGUGUAUAUUUUGUAAUUUGUAUUUGUAUUUAGCUAUUCAACGAUUUAUUUUCGGGUUUUUGAAUUAUUAA